AUCGCUCGCUUUGCCAACUCUUUCCGUCAAGUUUGUUUCAAAUUGCGGACGUAGAUUGACAGUAAAUUAUAGGUAAGGUGGCUAUCAGGGUAACAUUCAACUUACAGGAUGUCGCUGCAGUGCAAGUGAGACACUAAAAAGAACGUGGGUACUGAAGGGUUAAAAAAAAACCAUUAAAUGGUGAGAUGUCUGUUGAUUUAAAAAUCAUAAUAACUUAUCCAUAAGUAAAUUAUCAGAUAAAUAUCUGCUCAAACCACCAGACUUACCUGGAGUAACAUCUGACACCUAUUAAUUUUACUUAUCACUUAAGUAUAGUUACUCACAUACACAUAUUUAGAUUUGUUGUGACGUGUGUAACUAAAAAAUUACUAUAUUCCCAUAUAGUUAUUUAUAAUAAAAUUUUUCAAAAUGUCAAACUCAUCAGAUCCGCGACGUCCUGAAAAAGAAUUACGGUAUAAACCAUCGGUUGUCAGCAGCCAGGCUCAACCAGGUGAUGAUUUAACACCGGAUUAUAUGAAUAUUUUAGGAAUGAUAUUUAGUAUGUGUGGACUUAUGAUGAGGCUAAAAUGGUGUGCAUGGGUAGCACUUUAUUGUUCUUGCAUAAGUUUUGCUAAUUCUCGAGUCAGUGAUGAUACUAAACAAAUUUUAAGCAGUUUUAUGUUAUCUAUAUCAGCUGUAGUGAUGUCGUAUUUACAAAAUCCACAACCGAUGACUCCACCCUGGGCUUCUGUCAUCCAAUAAUUUCAUUAAUUUUUAUAGAAUAUAAUUUUUUGAUGAAAAGGAUUUAAGUAACACAUGAUGUAGUAAAAAAAUUUUCUUUUCAUAUUUUUAUUCAAUAAAUUGUUCUCCGUAAAUUA